AUGGGACUUGGAGGCAGUGUUAUUGUGAACAGUGAAAACAAUCAGUUAUCCGAUCCGGAAACGAAAGUCGAUAGUGCGGCCACGAUGACUAAUGGAUUGUUGUUUGAACCGCACCCGUGUUCGGAAGUGGUCGCAAGUGUUGCUGCCGUUUGCGAUGGAUCCGCCGAGUGCUGUACGGGUAGCAAUGUGAACUGGCACAGCGUUCAGUCGAGUCCUAGUGUGGUGCGCCAAUCUCGGCUGAAGCAUCGGCAGUCACUUGGGGGUUCUCGUUUGAACACCACGUUCGUGGAUGGAACGUUUCCGAACGCAACCACCGGCAUCUGCGACAUCCGACGGGUAGAGGAGAACUUGCGAAUGGAGAGCAUCAUCCUCAGCCAAAACAAGAACAUCCCGAUGGCUCGCGCCUCGACACCGAGCCAGGCUUACUGCUUCCACUGCGAUCACGAUCACCGCGAGCGGUGCUGUCUUUACGUUGGCGACAAACCGGAAGAUGGACCGAACUACUCACGCUGGAAGCGUGACCUGGAGAACCCGACCGUUCGGCCACAGUAUGUACCGAAGAUACCGGAGGCCUUGUCGGGCAACAGCACUCCCGACUGGUUCCCAGCCUACACCUUCAGCAAACCGGCCGAUAUUCGAAAGAAAAUGGCAGAGAGGCACCCGCCACCACCGCCGGUUUACAUGCGACAGUACUAUUACCCCAUCGUGGGUUACGGCCACGAGUAUCGUCUGAUGAAUCAGCCGAGUGUUGAGCCACCGACUCCGUACCAACUGUAUCUGCAGCAGCACCAGCAAGAGCAACCGCAACCCUACAGUGUGUAUCAGGCGCAGGCGCAUCACGUUUACACCGGAAAUCCAGCCAUGCGAAAUAUGGCGCGCCAUCAGUGCGACAGCAGAGGAACGAUGCAAGGGACUACUUCUUCGGCGGCUUACCAACCGCAGUACCAUCACAGCCCGAUGAGCGAGCGUGACUACAAUACACAACCGGCGGCACAAUACACAUACUACCAUCCUGCCGGAUAUUAUCCACCGGCCCAGCAACAUUACUUACCACCAGCUCCUCCUACAUACCUGCCUCACCAGCAACAGUACGUCCCCGUCGGGUACUCCGUGACAACGGUGCCCCAUCGAGAGCCACCGCCUCCGACAUCGGCCACGACGCCACUGUGGCUUUUGUUCUGCCAGAAACUCACCCGCAAGUUCCCGGACCGCAGCAAGAAAAACUCACCCACCAAGGCACCGCGGCCGUCGGGGAAGAACUUUAAUCCGGCCGGGCGCACGGGAGCAUAUUCAGGUGCUCCGGAAUAUCUGCAUCCACCGAAGUACAGCAACAUCGAUCAUCCGCAUCUGCAGUACCCGGGGGCUGUCAGUAUGAUGCAUCCGCAGCCUUACUGUCCUUCGCCGGUGGCCGUUGCCGCUGGACAACAAGCGUUCUUCUACGACUACGUACCGGUUCAUCAGCCGGUGACCGACAUUGGCAUGUGCUAUGUGCCACCGCCGGUAGUUAACAUGUAA